UACCAAUGUUUACCCAAAAGAAUACAAAUUGAUCAUUUAGAAAGAGCUCAAAUGAAGGCUCUUAUUCAGUUAGGUAAUGAUCAGGGAGUUCUUCAAACAUGGUAAAAAAUGCAGGACUAUAAGAGUAGAGCUUUACUAACUGAUAUAGUCGAUAGCUGAAAACCUAAACUUGAAGCAUUCUAUACAAAGAGAAUUGGAAAACCAUUAACAAUAAAAAAAAUAAGAUAUUAUGUCACUGAGUACUCGAAAUUAAAAAUACAAAUCCCAAAAUAAAAGUAUCCACACCGCCUCACCGACCAUCUCCAUUACCUUCCUACAGUUGUAUUUUGGGCAUCUCAUUUCAUUAUACUACUUCUAGCUUCAAAUCCCCAAAUCAAAAGUGGUCUUAUUCUUCUUCUCCAGGAAUCAAAUCAUGUGCAUUUCCAUUCUCCAAGUAUAUUCACCGUCCAUCUUCUUUCAUUCACCUUAUAGCCAUUUUCAAACUAUCCCCCAAAUUGAUUCCCCUUUUUUUCUCCGAUUUCUUCAAUUACAACAAGAAUAAUGUGAAUAUAUUGGUUUUUAGAAGUAUGUUGGCGGUGACCUAGGCCCAAGAUGUCGGUGAUGGUGCAAGUUCUGCAAUGCUAUAUAUGUAAAUUGAAUAUGAUGAUGGGCGACGACGGUGUUAGCAACAGACCCGAUAACCGGUGAAAUUCGAAAGCAACAGUCUCGGGGGCGGAACGACAUAAGAGAGUAAGAAACCGAGAGUUAUGACAUAGUUCACUGGGACUUUGGGUUCACCAGAUUGAUGGCCAUGGGGGUUGGAACUUUGGUAGUCAUAGCAAAUUUACCGAGGCUGGAAUUAAAAAAAAAAACGGUUUUUUCAUGAAAUGCCCCUGAGGUUUGCAAUAAUGCACCAAAUACACCUGCGCGUUUCAAAAUUCAUAAAAUACCCCUAAAGUUCCGUACUGUUCAUUAAAUGCUCCUGGAUUUAACGGACGUUAGCUUGCCGUUAGUGACGUUUUACCAAUUUGCCCUUAAUUGUUGUUUGGCGCGAUUUAGGUAACAAUUGUGACUGAAAUUCCAAAAAAAAAAAACUUCUCAACUUCUCUUCUUUCUCUCUCCUUUCCCCUGUUCUUCAACCCUCAUCAAUUCUACUGUAACUGACAAAAUUCUGGGUAGAUCUUCAAGAAUUUAGUGAAAUUUGUUGCGUUCUCUUUUGGCGAGUUCGUGGGUGUUCGUUUGGUGAAUUCGCGACAAAAGGGGGGCAACUUGGAGGCGAUUUAGAGCUUCGGGUGCAGUGGACGAACAAGGGCCCUUUUCCUAGUUGGAUUAUCUACUUCAAGCAAUCAGAAAGUGGUGUAUGGAGAGGGUUGGGGCAAGAUUUGACAUGGCAAUUGAUAUGGAGGAUGGUCAGUUGACUGAGUAUGCCAAGAAAGAGGUGGAUGAAAGAACAGGAGAGUCUAGGUUCUGCUAUGCUACAGCCUGUGGUGGGGGGGAAUUUGAGGUCAGAGAUGCACAUGUGAACUUCCCCAUCAGGUUAUCAACUAGAAGCUGUGGUUGUGGGAAGUGGCAAAUUUCUGUAAUCCCCUGCAAGCAUGCACUCAGGGUGAUUUAUGACCAAAGGCUGAACCCCAUUGAUUUUGUCUCCCCAUUCUUCAAGUCUGCUGCAUACAAGCUUACAUAUGCAGACCACAUUCACCCCAUGUCAGACCCAACACAGUGGCCUAACUUUUCUCUCCCUACCAUUCAGCCUCCAGUCAUCAAAAGACAAGCUGGAAGACCUGCUAAGAAGAGAAAGAGAGGACCAAAUGAACCCAGGGAGGGGAAGAGGAACAACAAUGUGAAAUGUGGAAAAUGCAGGGAGUUUGGUCAUAACUCAAGGACAUGUAAGAAUGGAGGACCAAGCACUUCAGCAGCAGGAGGAGCAAGUACAUCACAAGGGGGUCCAAGGGGGAGGAAAAGAGCAAACACAGCAACUUAACCAUGCACAAAGUUAAAAGUUAGCCAGUUUUUGGUGAAUUGUAGGUGCACAAAGUUAAAAUAGCUUAGGCAAUUUACAGUUAGUAUCACUUUUUGGAAAGAACACAAUUGCUUAGACAAGAUGUUUUUGUGCAGUUUCAGUGGCAUUUGUCCACUUAGAAAUCAGUUUUUGUAAAGCUCAUAUGCUUAAACAAGUGAUGUUAUUGCUUGAAAUUUGUUACAACUCUACUUCAUUGCUAUCCAAAUUAGAAAUGCAAACAUUAUUACACCAAUUUUUAUUGCAAACUUGAAUUGUUGUUUCUGUUGUUUCAUUUUCUUCUUCAAUAGCUUCAACUCUUCAUGCAUUCCCCUGCUUCCUUCUUGCAUUCCCCUGUUUUCUUCUUGCAUUCCCCUGUUUUCAUCAGCUCUGUUUCCCUUGCUUUGAGCUUCAUCAAAUGUCUGCUCAACAAAACCUUUGCACCACUUGAAAUUAUCACAAGGAUCACACUUGUAGUAAAGCUUUUGCGGAUUUUUAGCCGUUUCCGAGCUCCUAAUUGCAAAU